ACAAUUAAAACUAAAAGUUAAGUAAACAAAGAAAGUAAAAAAGAAGAACACAGAAGACGUUCUUCUCUCUUUUCAAGUAUUCGCAGAUUGUGUUCUUAAAUCCUAAACCCUUUUGGGUUUUACAAGAAGGUUAGCCAAGACUCAUUUGAUAUUGUACAGGAAUAAAAAAAAAAUCUUUUUCUUGAACAAGAAGUUAGCGAGACUCAUAUUUCUGACUCAUUUGAUAUUCUUUGGAAUUUUAGUCAUCUUGAACAGGAAUCCUAAACCUUCUCAGUGUUGACCAUCCCUUUUGCUAAUAUACUGGAAACACAACCCUGGCCAUAUAAGUCUGUUUCUUAUCAAACACUUGCUCUUCUAAGUCUCCUUUUUCUACUAAAACUAGAGUAUAUUUUACUUCUAUCUUUGGAAGUUAUUUGUUAAUGGGGCAGGCUCAUGACUAUGAGAAAUGUUGGUGAACUGUCAGUUCAACUGGAAAGAAAAAAGAAAGUAACAGCUUUUUGCUCUCUGAAGUUUUAUCCAAAAAAAUGAUGUAACAACUUUUUCCUCAAGCACAAAGACUGAGGAAUCCUGGCUGAUGCAAGAAAGAAAAUCCUUACACUAGCCUUCAACAGGUUGGUGGGCUUAAUAUUGAGAAGCGUAAUGAAUCCUUAGUAGGACUUAAUGGGCUCGCCUUGCCGAUACUACCGGUGUUUUGCCAGACCAUGAAGACUGCUCGGGGAUCUGGUGUAGAUAAAAUUAGCAAUUUGCCUUGUAAUGUUCUGGAUGGAAUUCUAGGGUGCUUGUCUUUGAAAGAUGCAGUGAAGACCAGUAUCUUGUCAAAAAACUGGCGGUACAAUUGGGUAACACGUAAAGAACUUGAUUUUGAUGAUGAAUUUUUCAGAUCUUGCAAAGACAAUCAAGAAGCCAAGACAAUCAUUUACCAAGUCCUACUACUCCAUGAAGGACCAAUGCUGAAGUUUAGACUUCAAGGUAGUAGAAUCCAAGGUCCUCAGUUGAUGAGUUGUCUUGAUAUUAAUCACUGGAUACGCUUCUUAUCAAAGAAAGAUGUCCAGGAAUUCACCCUUCGCAUAGGCUCAGGCAACGCAUAUCAUUUACCUUAUCAGCUUUUUACAUGCCAGCAACUAAGGCAUUUGGAACUUAAGCUAUGCUUGUUCCACCCUCCACCCGGUUUCAAAGGGUUUGUGAAGCUUAUUAAUCUUUAUCUUCAUGAUGUCAUUUUUGUUCCGUCUCUCAUUUCCAAAUGCCCGUUGCUUGAACGAUUGAGGUUGAGUUGGUGCAGAGGCUUUGACAUUCUUGAGAUUGAUGCCCCUAAUCUCAAAUGCUUUCACUUUUCUGGAAGAUUUAAGUCCAUUUGCUUCAAGAAUGCCCCUGUGCUUAGAGAAGUUACUAUAGUGUUGCUCGAUGUUUUUCCAGAUCCAUCACCACCUGUUUCUUCUAAUGUUACAAAGUUCUUCCAUUACAUGCCUUCACUACAGACGUUGGAUAUAUGCGGUUCAACAUUAGAGUACUUAACCAUGGGAGGUUUACCAAAGAGUCCCCCGACUGCUCUGAACAAUGUCAAAUCUCUCGAAUUUUCUGUCACAACUUUAAGAAAUGUUGAGGAGGUUUCUGGUGCUGUUUACUUGAUCACAAACUGUCCUAAGUUACAGGAGCUUUCAAUGGAUUGUGACUCAGUGCCCGAUGUUGUGGAACCAGUUGUAGAAUUCUUAGAAGCCCAAUCAAUAACCUCAUUUGGUGCUGCGAAGCUGCUUCAAAAAGUGGAGAUGUGUUACUUUAAAGGUGCUAAGAUGCAAAUGGAGUUUAUGAAGUUUAUUUUGGCAUCUGCACCUGUACUUGAGAAAAUCACCAUGUUGAUGAUUCCGCAUGAGUUUCUUCAUUGUGCGGAUACACAAAUGAUGGAAGAGCAGAUGAAACAAUUCCCCCGAGCAUCACCCAAUGUUAGAUUCAUAUUUGUAGAAUAUUAGUCCUACUUUGAGUUUAUAAAAACUAUACAGGGGUGUAUUUUUAGUAAUCGAUUGUGAGAAGCAAAAGGAUUGCCUUGAUAAUAGAUGCUUGACAAAGGUAACUAGAGAACAUAAAGCAUGUAUUUUUUUUCCAGCACCCCAAUUGAUUUUGAUCAGUCUGUUUUCCUA